AACUCCCCGGCUCCAGCCCGUCUCCUUCGCGACACUCCACCCGCGCGCAAACGCUAGGUGCCCGGAGGCGCUGCCUGCAGCACAAAAGGGGAUUCAGAGGCACAGCCAUGUCAUUCAUUGUAGCCGAAACGCGAAGCAAGAGCGGAGAGAUGCUAUCCGUACAUGAUAAAGAGUCCACAGUGGGUCAAGGGCACCGAACGGGACGGAAGGGGAACGACAGCGCGGCCGACGAGAUCCCAGGAAGCAGCAAUACGAUUGACAGUGUUGGGCUCAAACGUGGCAAGCAACGGCAUCCCUCGGCUCCGCAAAACUUGGCGGCGUAGAGGGUAUGUUAUCUGCUUGGACGAUCUGACCAUCUUGCGAUUGCUUCUGCUUGAUAUCGUCGUCUUGCUCCUGCUGGUCACCAGCAAAGCGCGUGCCGGCGCACAGUGCAUCGUAAAGGCUCGCAUCGUUGCGCACAGUGAGGUCCAAGUCGAUGUCGAGGUUGACGUUAAGGCCAAGGUCAAGGUCAAAUGCGCCACCAAAGCUAACCCCGCCGUCGUGGCCGCAUUGCUGCUGUUCCUUCCUGUCGUGAUACUGCUCCUGCCGAGAUUGAGCCAUGUCUUCUAGCAUGCCGUCCAGGUCGAAUGUCUGUGCAAAUUCGUCAUCAAAGUAUGCCGGGGUGCUUGCACUGGCAGAAUCGAUGCUGUUAUCUCCG